GCGUCGGACACCACACAUCCAUGUAUUUCACUAACAUUUCUAAGUACAUUGCUGGGAUGGCUAGACCGCUUUCUUUUGAGAUAAACCUGAUGCAAUAAUCCAACACCAUGUUAACCCUCGAAGUGUUCAGAGGACACCCUGCUGGCACAAUCACAGUCAUCAGGAUGCUGGGUCUCGAUGGCCUUGUGCCAUUCACAGGAAAAAAGAUUAAGUUUUCGUUGUCCAAGAUUCAACAUGAUACUGACUUUCCCGCAAUUUCUGUGGGACACUUCGUGCUCUUCAUUCUCAUGCCACUUCUCAUCCGCAUCACCAUGGGAUAUAAUCUCCUAGUCCUCCUCAUUUCUGACAUUACGACCGCCACGGUUGCCAUGGGCAUCUGUGUGGCUUUUGGAUAAUGUAGUGACAUAAUCUAAUGAGGUAUCGUUUCCCCUUUCCUCGUUUCUACUGGCCAUUGUCUGAGAAUUCGUUUCUUUGCCUGAAAUGGUCAUCGAGGCUUUUAGGGUGCCUCAAGUGACAAUCGCAUCUCUAGCACCGAGUUUUGUGCCGGGAACGGAGAUCGCACAACCCUAGUGCUAAUCUUGCUCGCCGUAAAGUUGCCCUAAGAAAAUAUCAUGCUGAGGGAGUUGAGAUAUAUUUGACAGCUUACAUCAUAAGAACUCAACGUGUCAGCCCUAACUGCAGGAGGAAUAGUGGCCAACAAUCAAAGCACAGCGCUUGUUCUGACUGGACAGUCUGGACGACCAAUAAUGAUGCCUAAGUGCGGGUGUCUUGGCGAGGAACCAGACCCAUUUGUUUCAUAGACACCUAUAUAUCUCACGGACGAGAGGGGAUCGGCGUAGCCAGGUUUAAGAACGGCAUUAUCUAUAUAUUUAUUAUGUCAUGGAAUACCAAAUAAGA